AUGUCGUGUCGCUCCCAAAGCGACGCUUACAAGUCAGCGUUGACAGACCGUUUCACCGAUACCACGGAGUCAAAGCUUCUUGACAUCCGCAAUCUUGAAGUUUUCAAGCACCAACCACUCCAAGACCCCAGUACAGAACUCCGGUAUCUAUACCUACUCCCAAGAACGCACAACAUCGAUAUCGACGGACAAACAGUAGUUUGCUGCGAGCUUGUUUCCAAUGCUGACGAGCAAGGACCCUCUUAUGUCGGCUUGUCGUACGCUUGGGGUGAUGCUCAGAUUCGUCGUCCCAUACUAGUUGGCAAUAAAGUCUUUCAUGCUACUGAGAACCUUGCUGUGGCUUUGGAACAUCUGCAAGAAAAGGACAAGACUAUCACCUUCUGGAUAGACGCUAUCUGUAUCGACCAGAGCAACUCCAACGAGAAGAGCGUACAAGUCCAGAGAAUGGGUGAUAUCUUUACUUCUGCCGUUGUAGUCAUUGCAUGGAUUGGUCCUGCGACAGAGGACAGUGAUUUAGCCUUACAAGAGUUAGAGAGAUAUGGUGAAGACGUGACGUCAUGGGAAUGGCUGUCAAGCCAACAUCGCGAACGAUCUGUGGCUCUACCGUUUGCGUCAAUCAAAUCUCUUCUUGCUCGCCCAUGGUUCAAGCGUGUGUGGGUCGGGCAAGAAGCAGCUUUGAACGAACGAGUUAUAUUCAUCUGCGGUCAGCAUGAUAUCCAUCGAAGGCAGCUAUUUGAUUCCCUCAAGGGGUAUUGGGCAAGUUCAAUGGCAUUGAGAGGCGAUAGUUUGUCCCUAAGUUUCAAUCGAUUUGAGCAUACAAAACCCCUUCCUUUCUACGACGUUCUCAACCAUUUUGAUGCCAGCAUAUCCUUCGCAGUUGGUAGCGAGCUGGAGUCUUCGGAUCCAAGAGACUUUGUCUAUAGUGCAUUUGGGCGGAUCAACGACAUUGAAGAGUGUGGACUUCGCGUUGAUUACACUAAGUCAGUUGAGGAGGUAUAUACGGAAUUUACUGAAGCUAUUAUACGCGCUGGAAAGAUCGACUUGCUCGAAGAUGCUUUGCGUCCCUCUUCAACUUACAGAAACCUCCCGUCAUGGGUUCCGGAUUGGUCCGAGACAUCCGUAUGUGGCAUUCUUGGAAGUUCUUUGGUACUCAAAUAUGACGUCGCAGAAAUCUGUGAGAAUGAGAGAGGCGGUAAUGCUCUAAGAAUCUCUGCCCAACGUAAUGCUCGGAUUAGUCGUGUUGAGAAUGGCUUGCAGUUGCAGUUGCAACAAGGUGUUCUUGGCCUCAAUUUGUCAAAUCCAGGUGUCAUCAACCCACAAGAGGAAGAAGAGGUUAUGUCCUUCUUGAACAUAAUCCAAGGAGCUCUUGGUCGCAAAAAUCGAUGGCGCCCUGGAGAGGUUGACAAAGCACUUUUUGACUUGUCGACUGGUAUGUCAAUUGCUAGAUACACGAUUGAAGAUGAUGAAGAAAUAUCCAACGACCUGUACAUGUCAUAUCAGGCUUUUCGAGGUCUUGCAACUCCUCCUGACGAUAUCCCGGACCCCCAAUCAUGGCGAAGAGACGCGAGCUAUGCCUAUCUCAACAUUCUUCGGGAUUCGAACAUUAAGAAAUUCUUUAUGACAUCCGAGGAUAUCGUUGGUGUAAGUCGAGAUGAUCUGCAACCUGAUGACUGGGUGUGUGUACUCGGAGGCCUGGAAAGGGCAUGCGUCCUCCGUGAGAUAGGAGAUGGUCAUUACCGCAUCGUUAGCUUCGCCAAUGUCUUUCCUUGGGAAGAUGUUGCGAACAAUGACGCGCCAGUCGAGGUUCUUACUAUAGUUUGA